AUCAAAAAUAAAUUCGUGUCCAGAUUUGUGUCUAGAGUUGUGGAUAUUACCGAAUGAAAAUAAUAGAUAAAGUUGAAGAUAUCGUUAUUUUACUUACCUUCAAGUAAUUUCUGUGGAUACCGAAUCGAUAAAUAUGUUUAAAGGCAAAACCGCAUGGUUCUCCAGCAGUGUUGAGAAGAGAGUCCACAGCUUCUGGGUGUCUGAAGGGGGAGCUCUUUCUGACUGGAGAACAGCAGAUUACCUUUUCAGUGAUGAUGCAUCUGAAGAAGACACUUUAAGGAUUUAUGAGAGUGAGGACUAUGUAAAGAACAGGGCAACAGUUUUCCACAGUCACUUCCUGUCCACAUGUGCACUACGACAAAGUGUGAAAUUUGUGCCCAUUGGCCACUAUGUGCUGCCUCCUGUCUUCAUUCAAAAUGAACUGAGAGCACAACUGGGAAAGUUUAUUUGGGAGAAAGAUGAUCAGGUAAUGCGUGAACAACAAAUAGAUACUCAAGAAUCUGAAGAAGAAACCCUGUCUGAUGAGACUGAAGAUCAACCAGUGAUGGGCAAUAGCAGCCAGGAGGAUCGCCCGACUAUGGCUUCACCAAACAGUGUGUGCUUGUGCUGUGAGAGGCAAAAGUAUCAUGUGAAUAACAUGAUCUCAGGAUAUGUUCAUAUUGACCAAAUGAAAAAGUAUUCAGGGGAACUGUAUGAUUUUCUUCCUUCUCUCCAUGGCCACACUGUUUCAAGGUCUUUUGAUUAGACCUGAGACCUUCAAACUUCCUUGCCAUGGUUUGA